GUUCAGACAUAAAUCUUCCUCACCGGCGGACGAGGGCAACGCGGUCGGGCGGGCGGGCGGGCGAGACGAAGCUAAGCAAGCAAAUUCCCCCCUACCCCGACCCCCGCAAACCCUAGUCGCUCCUACCAACCCCCACAACCCGCCGGAUUUCUCCUGGGGGUUCUAUUGGCUUUGCUCAAGCCUCUAGCUUCCACUGCAACAGCAUGAGCUCCCUUGGUUUCGCAAGGAGGAUACCGAAGAGGCGGCGGACUACCAAGACGCCACCGCAGCAGCAAGUGGAGCGACAACUUCUGGACCUGAACUCAUUUCCAGCUUUUGAAGGAGCUGGUAAUGGGGGUUCACUAUCCAUCCAGGAGCCUGCCUCACACAGCGGCACCUCUGGUACGGUGGUUGCCGAGACCUCACAGCUCUUAGUGCCACCUGCUGCUGCAGAGUCAAACAUUGGCAUGAAUAGUUUCGCCAUCGAUGUGGAAGUGAUCGAUGAUGAUGUUCUGAUUUAUUCUUCAAGACCACUUCCUCAAGCUAGGCAACAAUCAGCCAGAGAGAGGCCUGUCACUGUGAUAAUAGAUGAUGAUUCUGAAACUCCUGCUGGACCAACAGGGGAAGGGCUUGAUGAGCAUGUGAACACAUUAUUGUCUCUGGGGAUGAACCCUAGGCACAGUUGCUCGAGAGCACCGAACAGCCUUGUAAUAAACAUAGAAGACACACCUGAAACCAACAUCUUGGUGAGAAUCGUACACUGUACUUCACCACCCAAGGCUGUGCAGGCUCUCCCUGAACCUGUGAGGGAGGUCCCAACGGAACUAAAGUUCAGCUGCCCAGUCUGCAUGAACGAGCUGGUGGAUGCGUCGUCCACCAUAUGCGGCCACAUCUUCUGCGAGAACUGCAUCAAGGCCUCUAUCCAGGCUCAGAGAAAGUGCCCUACCUGCCGGAAGAAGCUGACCCUGCGCGGUUUCCACCGGCUCUACCUCCCGGCGACAAACUAGAGCCGCUGCGCCAAUCUGAACUUUCUCCCCACCAGCAUUUUGGGAUUGUAUCUGAAUUAGUCUUCACAAGGUUAUCGUUACCAUUUAGUUUUUUCCCAAAAAUUUGAGAACCAUGUUUCCAUGGCACUUGAGACGUCGUUAAAAAUAAGUACCUGUAGCUGGUUAA